UAUUUUGAAAACAAUGAAUCCAAUGAAAGAUUUCGCUGAACCCAAUAGAAAAAGACAGUGGUCACCAGGGAAGAAGACGGUUGCUGAGCCAGAUAGCUGGCUUGAACAUGAGCCCAACUCUACCUUAACCAGACACAGAAAUGUCUAAAAAUGGGCAGUGCAUGAUUAAGCUGUAAGUGACAUGGAGACCCUCUUGCUCUUUUCUCUCUACUUUAAGAGGAGGGGAGGCUACCCAUCCUGGGAUCAGGGCAUACCAAGGCCUCUUUGGUAUUAGUCUUUUUUUGGUUUUCACAGAUUACCAGCGGAACUCGAACCUAUGCCUUAACAGUGAAGAUAAUGAUCUUUACCAACUCAACAAACCCUCCCUCGUUGGCGAUGUAAAAGAUUGUUAACAGUUUUAGCCAUGGACGGUUCAAAAGCUGGUUCGUUUAAAGAGAUGCCUCUGGGGAUAGAUGCAACAACUGAGGAAGAAUAUGCUUCCCAGUCUAGACUACUUCAAGAAUUUACUGGUAUUUCCAGCAUUGAUAAGGCAUGGAUAUUUAAAUCUGACAGCGGAAUUGGCUCCCAGGCAAUGUUUUCAAUUAGUCAACCAAAUCUUUUGGCAAACAAAAGGAAGAAGUUCAUUCUGACCUCUCAUGUUUUAAGAGAAAGUAACAAUUCUGUAAAUUUCCAAUGGGCCCCAUUUCCUGUGGAGAUGACAGGAGUCUCUGUGAUGGUUCCAUCACCAUCUGGUGCAAAGCUUCUUGUAGUUCGGGAUCCUGAAAAAGAAUCUCCCUGUCAAUUUGAAAUUUGGGGUCGAGCUCAAGUGGAAAAAGAAUUCCACAUCCCCCAAUCUGUUCAUGGUUCAGUAUAUGCUGAUGGAUGGUUUCAGGGAAUUUCUUGGAACUCUGAUGAAACUCUCAUUGCUUAUGUUGCUGAGGAACCAUGUCCUUCCAAGCCCACAUUUACAGGACAGGGCUACAAGAAUAGUACUUCCGCAGAUAAGGACUUCGGUAACUGGACAGGUCAAGGGGAUUGGAAGGAAGAGUGGGGGGAAACCUAUGCUGGGAAACAGCAGGCUGCACUUUUUGUCAUGAACAUUAACAGUGGAGAGACACAAGCUGUUAAAGGAAUUGAAAAGUCUUUGAAUGUUGGUCAAGUUGUGUGGGCGCCACCGGUUAGAGGUUCACAUCAAUAUUUGGUUUUUGUUGGGUGGUCAGAAGGUACCAGAAAGCUUGGUAUCAAGUACUGCUUUAACAGGCCCUGUGCAUUGUAUGCGGUUAGGGCACCAAAUUUUGAAUCCGAAGCUGAUGGACCUGAACUCAAUCCAGAUGGAAAAUUCCUUUUGUUUUUAUCUGCAAGAAGUGCUGUGGAUUCUGGUGUACACUCUGCAACAGAUUCUCUACACAUAAUAGAUUGGCCGAUGGAUGGAGUACUGUCCUCAUCUACAAAAAUUGUUGAUGUGAUUCCUGUUGUAAUGUGUGCCGAGGAUGGUUACUUCCCUGGGCUUUACUGUUCAAGUUUCCUUAGUAAUCCAUGGCUUUCUGAUGGAUGCACGAUGAUCUUAUCCUCCGUCUGGGGCAGUUGUCAAGUCAUACUUUCUGUGAAUGUGUUGAGUGGGGAAGUAUUACGUAUCAGUCCUACUGAUUCAAAUUUUUCAUGGAAUGUUCUUACACUGGACGGGGACAAUAUCAUUGCUGUGUCUAGCAGUCCAGUAGAUGUACCUCAUAUCAAGUAUGGUUAUCUUGUUGAUAAAGAAAGUAAAGAUACUGCAUGGAGUUGGUUAAAUGUAUCAAGGCCCACAAAUGCAUGCUCUGAGAAGGUUGAAUCUUUGAUCUCAUCUCUUCAAUUUAGUAUAUUGAAGAUUCCCAUCAGGGAUGUUUCUUAUAGCCUGACAAAAGGUGCCACCAAACCUUUUGAAGCUAUAUUUGUAUCUUCCAAAACUAAAAGAAGUGAUCCAUGUGACCCAUUAAUUGUAUUACUUCAUGGAGGACCGCAUAUUGUUUCAUUGUCCAGCUUUUCAAAAUCCUUAGCAUUUCUCUCUUCAAUUGGUUUCAACUUGUUAAUUGUAAACUAUAGAGGUUCACUGGGGUUUGGUGAAGAAGCACUUCAGUCUCUUCCAGGGAACAUUGGGUCCCAGGACGUGAAUGAUGUACUGGUGGCUAUAGAUCAUGUCAUUGACAUGGGACUUGCCAGUCCAUCAAAAAUUGCAGUUCUUGGUGGUUCUCAUGGUGGCUUUCUCACAACCCACUUGAUUGGCCAGGCACCAGAUAAGUUUGCUGCGGCAGCAACAAGAAAUCCUGCUUGUAACCUCGCAUUGAUGGUGGGCACGACAGACAUCCCAGAUUGGUGCUAUGUGGAGGCCUAUGGAAGUGAGGGUAAAAAUACAUUCACAGAAGCACCUUCAGCUGAGCAUCUAACUCUCUUUCACAGGAAAUCUCCUAUUUCACAUAGCUCCAAGGUCAAAACACCAACCCUUUUUCUUUUGGGUGCUCAGGAUGUUCGUCUUCCCGUUUUUACUGGAUUGCAAUAUGCUCGGGCAUUGAAGGAAAAAGGAGUUCCUGUCAAAGUCAUUGUGUUUCCUAAUGAUACUCAUGCAAUUGAGAGGCCACAAUCCGACUUUGAGAGCUUUCUGAAUAUUGGUGUGUGGUUCAAGAAAUAUUUAUCCUAAAUGAGCUGGCAUUUCUCUCCCCUGCUUUUACUGUACAAAUCUUUAAUGCAAUAUUGCUGUUUAUUAAAGUUCCACCCAGUAGGUUUGAUCCACUUAUAACCAAACUCUUCACCUUGAACUUGUUGAAGGUGGCUAGCCAUGCCUUUGUUCAUCAUGUAUAAUCUGCAAUCUGGAUGGCAAAUAUUUAUGUUUUAGAAGCUAACAUUAUCGAAAUCAAUGUGGAAAGUUAAACUGUUAUAUAUCUCGAUUACGAAUUA